CCAAUUUCUCUCUCGCUCUCUACCCAACUUCCAUUUCCAAAUAUAUCUCAAACUCCCGCGGUUCUUUUGCAAUCUCUCUCUCAAUCUAGAGGAUGAGAUUUAGUUUUCAAUUCUUGUAUCAAUUAUCAAGAACCAAUAGAUAAAUUAAAUUUUGUUUUUUGUUUUCUUCGCUUUCUUGAAUUCUUUCUUUCUUUCUAUCCUCAUUUCACUAUUAGAUGAAUGUAUUGUUUGUAUAUCAAGAAUCAAUAAAUGAUCUUUAGCUAACCCAUCAAGAAUCAAGAAACAAGAUUACAAUAAUAAAGAAAGAUCAAGAGGAGGGAAAUUGUCUCCUCUUGGGUGGAAUGGAAGGAUUGGAAGGGAUUAUACAGAGGCUUUUGGAAGGAAAAAACAAUAGAGGCAAACGCAUUCAGCUUACUGAACCUGAGAUCAGAAAUCUCUGUCUCACUGCUAAACAAGUCUUUCUUGCUCAGCCUGUACUUCUUGAACUAGAAGCUCCUAUCAACAUCUGUGGUGACAUACACGGCCAAUAUCCAGAUCUUUUACGACUGUUCGAGUAUGGUGGGUUUCCACCAGAUUCCAGCUACUUAUUUCUUGGAGAUUAUGUAGACAGAGGAAAACAAAGUAUAGAAACUAUAUGUCUUCUCCUUGCCUACAAGAUCAAGUUUCCAGACAACUUCUUCCUCCUCCGAGGGAAUCAUGAAUGUGCUUCUAUCAACAGAAUAUACGGAUUUUAUGAUGAGUGCAAACGCCGUUUCAGUGUCCGUCUGUGGAAAACUUUCACGGACUGCUUUAACUGUUUACCAGUAGCUGCAGUAGUGGAUGAUAAAAUCCUAUGCAUGCAUGGUGGACUCUCACCAGAUAUGGAGAGCUUGGAUCAGAUUAGAGCUAUUGAAAGGCCUGUAGAUGUGCCAGACCAAGGCCUUCUUUGUGACCUUCUCUGGGCUGAUCCUGAUAGAGACAUCAGAGGGUGGGGUGAGAAUGAUAGAGGUGUCUCCUAUACCUUUGGAGCUGACAAGGUAGCAGAAUUCUUGAAGAAACAUGAUCUUGAUCUCAUAUGCCGUGCUCACCAGGUAGUUGAGGAUGGGUACGAGUUCUUCGCAGAAAGGCAGUUGGUUACCAUUUUCUCAGCCCCAAACUACUGCGGAGAGUUUAACAAUGCCGGUGCACUAAUGUGUGUCAAUGAAAGUUUGCUCUGCUCAUUUCAGAUUCUGAAGCCCUGGAAAGGAAAAGCAGGACAGCUUGAAUAGUUCUCUGCCAACAGAGAGGCACCUCCCUCUCCGCCAUAGACAAUUUAGUUAGUGUUUUGCCUUUUUUCACCUGUAAAAUAUUCAGCUUCCAGUGAGUCAAAGCCUCUAUAUCAUCUAGGUUAAUUCAUGUAACUGAGAUUAUCAGAAAGCUUUUUAUAUAUACCAACUGCUCAUAGGUAAUGUUUGGCAUAUCGGUUUGUAACACAACUGUCAGCUUCUAGUGAUUUAUCUGAUGUACCUGCUUCAA